AAUUAUAAUAAUUUCAUCGUUAAAGAGGAUUAAAUUAUCAUUGAAGAAAUGAGAGAUUUAAGGUGUUAUUAAUGUGUUAUUAACUGUAAUUAUAGAUAUUAAUUUUUCCAGACUAUAAAUGCUUCAAUAUUAUGAAGUAUCAGACUGAACUAUGUGAAGAAUUUACAACGAAUUAAAUUUUUGUUUACUUCGUGAAUGUGACUCGUAAUAUUGUUUGAAAGGAAAUGCACUUUUUGGACUUCCAGGAGCGUCCCUAUAAUUUCAUAUUUCGAUUAUGGAAAAUAAUCCUUGAAAUGAGUAUACGAUAUACUGUUGAAUGUAUUUUUAAAUUUUAUUUUACAUAUGCAAUUUUCUUUCGUGGGACGAAGUAUAUCAAUUUGAAAACAUAUAAUCCUCCAAAUGUUACAAAAAUGAGCAUUUCUAUAUCAAGCAUCCACUGUAGUUAAACGUAAAAUAAUUCCAUUGCCACCCAGGAGACUCCGAUCUAAAUAAACCCAAGAAAAUUCGAUGCUGGUACGAAAUCUAACGCUUCUUUCAGUUGUUGGCUUUCAAGACAAAAGAGUUCUCGUUGUCUCUUCUAUUAAAAAAUCUACCGGCUAUAUUAAUGUGCGCGUGCGCCGUCGUAAAGUUUAACACGUUUUGGUAUCAUGCCAAUACAAUUAAGGAACUUAUGGAAGAAAUAAGAUACGAUUGGAGCACCAAACGCGCGGAGAUAUUCCAGAUCAUUCAGAAUCGAGCCGGAUCGGCAAAGCAUUAUGCAACGAUGUACGCGUCAUUUAUCUAUCCGUCAGCGUGUAUCGUGACUAUAUGUCACCUCGCAUCCUUCAUUCUAAACACGAAGGCAGCAGAGAACGGUACUCGAAUAAACUAUUUCCCGAUAAUGACAGAAUAUUUAAUCGACCAAGAUAAAUACCUUUACCUAAUCGUGUUGCAUCAGAAUUUAUCAUUGUUCAUAUGUGCGUCCAUAUUCGUGGCCACGGAGACGUUGUUCAUCAUGUGGAUGCAUCACGCCGCCAGCUUAUUCGAAGUCGCUAGUUACCAUAUCGAAGAAGCAGUCACCUAUGGAUCUGCUUUGCCAACCAUUUCCCAAGAUCAUACGGAUAAUACCAGUAAGAUGUGUUUGAGAGAUGCGGUACUCGCUCAUGAAAAGGCGUCAAAGUUUGUCCGUGAGAUGAACAUGAGAUUAGAUGCCUCGUAUACUUUUAUCCUUGUAUUUGGUACCAUCUCCUUAAGCGUUAAUUUCUUUCGCCUAUCCCGAGCAAUAUGCUUGACACACGAUUUAGAGGAAUUAGCUAUAUCUCUGCUGUUUUCCAUUACCGAGCUGGGUUACAUGUUCUAUUUGAACUACGUGGUACAGCUAAUGCUGGAUUACGCGAACAGACUCGUCACGGUAAUAUACAAUACGAAUUGGUACCGUACGUCAAUAUAUAUACAAAAAUUGUUACUGAUCAUCAUGAUAAAGUGCACCGAACCAGUUUCUUACCCAAUCUUUGGGUUCUAUUUUGCAUCGAUCGAAGGUUUUGCAACGCUUGUAAGGAAUACCAUGUCUUAUUUUAUGAUGAUGACGUCCAUCGAGGUUUAGCGCAAAUUUUAAGUAAGGAAGAGAGGAAAAAGUGACCAAGCUCGACCCAGGUACAAAACUCCACUUUUCUCGGAACCUUUUAUCAUCGUAUCGAAGCCUUUGACGUGGAUUUUUGUUUGGACUCUUUUCAACUAUUUAAAUCACCAUUAAUUGGUGUAAAAUUACUUCGACUGAAGAGUAAAGAUCCACGAUGGGUAAAAACGUUUAAUUUUUCAUUGUUAUGAAUAAAGUCACUGUGUCAUAA